UGGCCUCUCUCUGUAAUACCUAGCAAGCACAAGAAGAGAAAAGAUGUCGCUGGUAACAGAAGAUCAGAGGGCAAAGGCAGAGAUAUACAAAGGAGACUCACUCUGCCAUGAAAAAUGCCAGUUUCUUCUCAAAGAAGUUAACCUUCCCAAUGGCCUCCUUCCCCUCAAAGACAUCAUAGAGUGCGGCUACAUAGAAGAAACUGGUUUUGUGUGGCUCAAACAGAAGAAGAAGAUAGAGCAUACCUUCAAGAAAAUAGGAAAGCUUGUGAGCUACGCCACUGAAAUCACUGCUUACGUUGAGAAUCUGAGGAUCAGAAAGCUCACAGGAGUGAAGGCCAAAGAGCUCUUCAUCUGGAUUACUCUCACUGAUAUCUCAGCUGAUGGAGGAGAAGAAGGUAAGAGCUCAGCUGGGAAGGUUACCUUCCACAGCUCCACUGGUCUUUACAGAACUUUUCCUGCAGCAGCUUUUGUGAUUGAGGAAGAUGAGGAGAAGAAGAAGGAGGUGGAGGUGAAAGAGAAGGUGGAGAAUGAAGUAAUGAAGGCUUGAUUUAUUAUGAUAUUUGUAGUAGAAGUGUGUUUCAGGCUUUGAGCUAUCGGAUUUAUCUCGCUGCUUUCUUAUCUCAAUGAACUAUGUUUUGGAUCGAACUAUAUGAACCAGCUGUGUGGCUAGCUCUCACUUUAUUAAUCAUGGAUGAGCAUUUUCAUUCAUAUGGA